UAGUGGACGAGGAGUCUUAAAUUUGGUUGGUCUCAUUGAAUCUUGAGGAAUCUCUUCGUUUAAUUCUUUCUUGAGCUCUUGCUUUAGGAUCGGGAUUCAUAGCGGAUAAGAUGUUGGGGCUUUUUUCUUCACCCGCCGACGACAUGACCUUUGAAACAGAUCUGUUAAGUGCUGUUGUACCUUUGCUGAAACUCCUCUGUCUCACUGUCAUAGGCCUAAUUCUCGGACACCCCAAAACCCAAAUUAUCCCCAAAGCAACUUUCAAGCUCCUAAGCAAGCUUGUGUUUGCUUUGUUCUUACCAUGCCUCAUCUUCAUUCAUCUUGGUGAAUCCAUUACCCUAAAAAAUUUUACCCUUUGGUGGUUCAUCCCUGUUAAUGUGUUGAUCAGCACAAUCAUUGGUUGCAUGUUAGGUAUUUUGGUGGCAGUCAUAUGUCGCCCGCCGGCUCAAUAUGUUCGUUUCACCAUUAUCAUGACUGCAUUUGGAAACACUGGAAAUCUCCCUAUUGCUAUUGUUGGCUCUGUCUGUCAUACCUCUGAUCACCCGUUUGGACCUCAUUGCCACAGAACUGGUGUUGCCUAUGUCUCUUUUGCACAAUGGGUUUCUGUAAUCCUAGUAUACACAUUGGUUUACCACAUGAUGGAGCCCCCUUUGGAGUAUUUUGAGAUUGUUGAAGAGGAUAAUGAAAUUGAGGAACAAGCAAUAGGCAAUGAUGUCAGUCAGCCUGUCCUAGUUGAAGCUGAAUGGCCAGGCAUUGAGGAUAAAGAGACUGAACUUUCCAAGACACCCUUCAUUGCCAGGGUCUUCAAUAGCCUCUCAAGCUUCUCACAGAAUACUUUUCCUGAUGAUCUCACGGAGGAAGGAGGUGGUAGCAGCAGUCCCAAGUCCAUCAGGUGUUUGGCAGAACCCAGAAUGGUCAGGAGGAUUCGAAUUGUUGCUGAAAAGACUCCAAUACAGCACAUCCUUCAACCCCCAACAAUCGUCUCUCUAUUAACAAUUACCAUCGGGAUGGUACCCCAACUCAAGGCCUUUGUCUUUGGAACUGAUGCUCCGCUUUCUUUCUUCACGGACAGCAUGGAGAUCUUGGGAGGUGCAACGGUGCCUUCUGUAAUGCUUAUUCUGGGGGGAAUGCUUGCAGAGGGGCCAAAUGAUUCUAAACUUGGGAUUAAAACUACAAUUGGUAUUAGUGUAGCAAGGCUCUUGGUGCUUCCUUUGCUGGGAAUCGGGGUAGUUGCUGUGGCAGAUAAAUUUCAUCUUCUAGUCGAAGGUGAUCAAAUGUAUAGGUUUGUGCUUUUAUUGCAAUACACAACACCAAGUGCCAUCUUGUUGGGAGCAAUUGCCCGCUUGAGGGGCUAUGCAGUCAGUGAAGCUUCAGCACUCCUCUUCUGGCAGCAUGUAUUUGCUGUGAUCUCUCUUUCGCUUUAUACUUUUAUAUACUUUAAGUUACUUUCAUAUGUAUGAAACUUUAUUGAGCAAUCUGAUUUACUGCUUCCCACUC